AUGAGGGAAAGGCUUGAAGACUUCCUCCACAGAUAUGGCGUGUCACCCAGAAAAGGCUUUCUCCCAGAUGGCGAACCUCUGAGACGUCUAUGUAAUCCUUACUAUGAGCCCUGGGAGGACCUGGUAGCGGACCUUCCCCGACACAUUUUGGACGAACGAGCCAGAUGGAAGAUCGAUGGGCUCCCUAUCCUCGAUCCAGCUCGAUUGAUUUCUCAAGCAGAGUGGCGGAGGGCAUACGUGAUCCUGGGAUUCUUGACUCACGCGUACAUUUGGGGAGGAGAGGAACCUUCAGAGCGACUUCCACCACAACUCACAUGCCCGUUCCUCGCUGUGUCAGAACACCUCGGCCUGCCUCCGACCGCGACGUUUUCAACGCUCAGUCUUUGGAAUUUCCGACUCGAAUCACCCGACAGGGACCCAACCAAGCCGGAAAACCUCAGAUCACUUCUGUCCUUUACCGAUACCAGAGAUGAAGAAUGGUUCUACAUGAUCUCCACCGCCAUCGAGGCCAAAGGCGCUCCUCUCAUAUCGACGAUGCUUCGAUGUGUGGAGGCCGUCGAUGCCAACAACGACUGUAUUGUCCUAUCUGGCUUGCGGUCCAUAACAAGCGGCGUUCAGGAGAUCGGGAAACUCCUCCAACGCAUGCAUGAACGAUGCGAUCCACAGGUGUUCUACCACAAUGUGCGUCCAUUCUGCGCAGGUACCAAAGGCAUGGCAGCGGCUGGCUUGCCUCGAGGAGUUUUUUAUGACGAAGGCAAAGGCCAGGGCCAGUGGAGACAGUAUAGCGGUGGGAGCAACGCGCAAAGCUCCCUGAUUCAGCUUUUCGAUAUCUUUCUCUCCGUUGACCACAAUACGCCCGGGCGUCAAGAACAUUCGCAGCCCACGUCCGUGCCAGCGCGGGUUCGAGCGAAGGGAUAUCUGCAGGAAAUGCGGGACUACAUGCCUAAGCCACAUCGCGAGCUUCUCUCAGCCGUAGAACAGUCGAGCAAUGUUCGAGACUAUGUGCUGACCAACGCCGCUCCGCACUUAGUCGAGCUUGUCGCAGCAUAUAACGAUGCGGUUGCCGCGCUGGCAAGUCUCCGCAACAUCCACAUCCAGAUCGUGGCUCGUUACAUCGUCAUGCCGUCCCGGAGCCCUCCUGCUCCAUACAUCGCCUCUCGAAAGGGGAAGAACCUAGCAACAGCAUGUUCGAAGAAGUCGGUGGAAGAAGCAGAUGGCAAUACGUCCAUGACAAGGCAACUCCACGGUACAGGAGGCACGAGUGUGAUGCCAUUCCUGAAGAAGACUCGCGACGAGACCGCCAGGACUACCAUACCAGCAGACUGCACUGCCAGAAGUUGA